AUGUCAAGCGACACCGCAAUGACCACCGCCGCGGCCUCUUCAACAGCGCCUACGGCACACGUCGACCCCGCCAUUUUCACAUCUCUCCAGACCAAAAUCGACGAAGAAUCCUCGAUACGUGAUGAACUCAAAGCGUAUGUCGACACGCUCACCAAGCAAGGGCGGCUCACGCAGUCUAUACUCUCGCGCAUCCAUAACACGCCGACAUCCGAGCUGGAACGAUCGGUGCUGAACCCAGCCUACGACGCGCUGGCGCAGCAAGCCUCAACCGUCAAAGAGCUAGCGCAGUCCGCGUCGAAAUACCCCUUCUACAAAUGGAACAGCCUAUGGCGGAACGAUGUACAGAGCGUCAUUGGCAGUAUACAAAUCGCAGACUGGCUGCAACUGGGACAGCUGGCCACGAUUGAGCAAGUAGGGGAGAGACUUGGAGUACCCGUAAACCUCAAAGACGAAGAUAAAUUCCACAUCACGAUCGAAGACUACCUUCUCGCUCUGACGACGACGAUCGAAGAACUCGCGCGCCUGGCGCCGAACGCAGUCACCCUGGGAGACUAUGCAAGACCGCUGCAGAUUUCAAAAUUCAUCAAAGAUGUCCACGCGGGGUUUCAGCUGCUGAACCUGAAGAACGAUAUCCUCAGACGACGAACGGAUGGGAUCAAGUAUAGUGUCAAGAAGGUGGAGGAUGUUGUUUACGAUCUCAGUCUGCGAGGGUUGAUACCUAAGGAUGGAGCUUGA